AUGGCUACCUAUGAGUACCCUGCUGGCUCUAUGGCGUCCUGUAAGAUUAAUGCUGAAGGUGACCCCCCUCAUGCUUCCUAUACUAAUGCUCCGGCAAUGUCCUGCUAUUAUCAUACCGAGGGGGUACCCCUCCUGCAGUCUACACUGCCGGAUCUGCAGCGUCCGGGUAUUCCCAUAAAAGAGGGUACCCCUCCCACUGAUUGAGCUUCUGUUCUUACAGUGCCCUGCAAUACGCAGAUACUGAGGGUGUCCCCUCCUGUGGACUACUCUGCUGGACCUACAGGGUCCCGUUAUAACCAUAAUGCUGACUACACUGCUGGGUGUACAGACCUCUAUGAUACCACACUGAGGGUGACCCCCUCUUACCUACAGCACUGCUGGAUCUGCAAUGCCCGGUUCUGGUUAUAUGAGGGUGACCCCCUCCUGCCGUCUACACUGCUGGACCGGCAAUGUCUGGUUACUUUAUUAUACGGCUAACCACUUCGGCACUACUAUACCUACAGUGUCCGAUUAUGUUCAGACUGAGGGUGACCCCCUCCCCUGCUGGCCUAUACUGCAUGGUAUGCUUGUGCUUGUUGGGUGACCCCCUCUUGCACGCUGGGUGACCCCCAGCUGGCCACACCAAGUAUCAUUCUGACAGUGUUACCUCUAUGGCAGUUGUGCAAUCAUGGCUGAAGGACAAAUCUCCCGUACCCAGAAGGUCACUUGGCCUGUCCUCUUGCCGCCCCGCUGACCUCACUUCCAGAAACCAUCGGUACCCUACGGGGACACUCCACCGGCCAUCCUAGACGCUACACCAAGCACCCCUGGUACUCUUUGGCUAACGGAUGGAUACAUCAAGAGGAUCAGUCUUCAUGACGGAGUCCGGAAAGGACACCGCAAACACCUGACACGGGGUUUGCACUCUAUCUGGGACUAACCAGUGGAUGUCGGUGACACGCGGACACAGAUGUUUCCUCAGGACGAACGGCGCGUUACCGCUUGGAAAGCGGAGAAGACUAAAUUCCCACUGGGAAUGGACCGAUAUGACUUAUGGGUAUCGCCUAGUUGGUUUCUACCCCUGAGAACCGCAAAACAGCCCCUGUCCAAGCUGGACAUCAAACUGAUGGAUUUAGCAUCCAAGUGCUGGGUCUGCUCUCCGGAGUUACCCUCGUGUACAAAUUGAGCUGACACGUCUCUAUUCAUAGGGUUCCCCCUUAACUAGCCCCAGAGGUCUCUCGGACCGUGCCCGGACUCCAGAUCAAGAUUGCGGAACCUUGGACCGUUCCAUGAGCGAUACGCAUGACCAAAAGAGGCAUCCAUUCCGACUCAUUCUGCAGUUGCCCUGCUGGGCAAAGGGUACGCUGGAGUGGACUCCCGCCCCAUCCCCACGCUACAUGUUCCGUGCAUAUGUCAUCUGUUGACACAUUUUGAGACGGAGGGCACUCAUCCCCUCUGAGAGCUGCUCGGCGUUGACGAUUGGUUCUCUCCCUCAAAUGCACAUGAGAGAAACCCGCAUGGAUUUUGCCAUCAACAUGGACAUAUUGAAUCUGACUCACUCCCAGUCAACCCAGUUUCCGGUCUUUCAUGGAAUAUUCGGUCCAGGCGGUGCUCCGCCUCCUGAGGACCAAGAUGUCCGUCUUCAAGGAAAAUACCAGGUAUAUGCUCCGCAACCCGCGGGUUACACUUAGGGGCCCAACCCGGUUAAUUGACCAGUGCCUAUUCGCCAUGGAAGCCAUACCUCCAGCCGCUCCAACAUGGCGCUUUCUCGGGUCUUCGGCCUGGUAUGACCAAAUCAUGUGACCUUCGGAUGAAGCUCAUCUAAAACUUAAUUGAUGACUCCGGAGGAGGGACUCCUUUACGCCAACUGCAUGGAACUACCUGCAGGUUUGUUCAACAUUCACAGUAUUGCUCGCUACCUUCCGGCAUGGACUUCUCACCGGUUGCCCACUAUGGACUGCAGUCGGAUCUCACAUAGGAUCGCUAUCUAUAGCUUCUGGACAAGUAUUCGUCAUUUGUGACAGAAUGUAUGCGGGACGAGACACUCAUGCGGCGGACGGCUUCACCCAACCAUGGAGAGACCCCAAUGAUUGGUUGCCUCACCCUCCAGGGUCUCGAGUACUGGCAUGAUUACAUUCGGUGCGAACUGCCAUACGGAGCGGUUCUCCAACUGGCUGCCAGACCCUCAGCGAGGCGAGGGACGAGUUUUCCAAGCUUGGUCUCCUUCGGGGCGUACGCAUCCCGUUUACCUACAGUAUACUUUGGGUUUUGCUUCAGACCGAAUUCCUGGAAGUGUCAUUUCGCCUGGCCAAACCACUUCGGAGGAGUCCUGCGUGUUUUCCCCUUUUUGCUGGAGUUUGCCAUGGGAAGGCAAUCUACAACUCCCUGUCUCUUAAUGUCCCACGUGGGAUCCACAGGGGUAGCCUGCCACGACUGGUGUUUGGGUCCCAAUGGCGGUCCUUAUCAUGGCUGUCCCCAUUGUCUGGCUGAGUUGCCCUCUCAGGGUAGGAUCGUAUGGGGCCAUUCAUGUCCUAUGUCAGCUAGUGGACGACUCAUGUGCGUUUUCUCAAGAUUCUGGCAUUGCUAAGGAUCUCUUGGGCUGCAGUCUACCAAGAGGAGUAUACCGUACGGGAGCCCUAUCUCUCGCUAUUCCUCAAGUCUAGUGGUAUCGUGUGUUCUGCAUUUCAUUGAGGAAUGACCUGAUGACCAGGUGCACCAGUUUUUUCCGCUUACGGUUUCCCCCCAGUACAUCUUGUAUUUCAUCGCGUUCUGAAGUCAUGGUAUCGACGUCUUCUUGCCGUUCAGUACAUCGGCUUCUGCUCCACACAUAUUUCAUUUUUAUUCAUCCUGUGUGUCGUACCCCUAUUCUCCGGAUAGGCCACGGCUCUGUUGACAGAUUGUACAAGACCAUGUAGAUCCAGGAUCUGGUUCUUUCGUCCGUCUACUCAUGGAUAGCUGUUUAUUUCUGCGUACGGCUGUUUUGGACUGUUUCUGCAUCUUCGCUCGCCCGUUGGAUUUGGUGGAUCCUCUCAUUGACUGACCUUGAGUUCCUCUGGGACACUUUUGGUUCGGGGUGCUGUCACCUCAACAAUUUUGGAAGCCGUUGGGUCCCUUCUGCAUUUUCUCUACUCCGCUGCUUGGUUUAGGGAAUCAGUUUUUCCAUUCUCCUUUAUUUCAGUCCUCUAUCUCGUAUUGCUUCUGGUUCUACUAUUUGGGCGUUAAAAUUGCAAAUAUGAAGCCUCCUGUCCUGCCAUAAAAUUAGGGAUUAUUCUAGCCUCGGUGAGGGAAUAAUCUAAAUUUUAUUAAAGACAGCAGGCGAAUAUUUCCCCCCCUUUUUUUACGUUCCCUCCCUGGAUCUGGGUUUUAUUCUAUUAUAAAUAAUUGGGGAUAUUGUUAUGUUUUGUGAAGGCAUGGUUUUACAUAAUAAAGGUUAUUUCUAAUAUUCAGUGAUGGUUUUACAUAAUAAAGGUUAUUUCUAAUAUUCAGUGAUGGUUGUCCGUGUGCGUUUUAUUCAUCAUGUUUGUGUUGAAAUUAUGUUUCGUCAAUGCCUUUUAGCUUAAGUACAUACUAGGUCUUCAUAAGAUCUGUAGACUUUGUUUGUUUAUUCAUCAGGUAUUAUGGUGUGAAAGUGAUAUUGUAUGGAUAUGACAUCUUGCCUUGACAGUUUACUUUCACAAUGUUUUCUGUUUUCUUGCAGUGUAAUCUGUUUUCUCUCUGGGCUUGACUAUUGUUUCUCUGGAUGUGUCUGCUACAAGGUAGAUUCGUUGGUUUCCUUGCUCUCCUGCUCGACCUCAUCAAAGAAAGUGGAAGUGGAAGAGCCUGCUUAGGGGUUUUAUACUACUGUUGCUUUGUUCUGAUUGGUUGUUUUGAAAAGUUCUGUUAACUGUAUCUUUGCUGCUGGAGGUUUCAGUAAAAGAAGGUAAAGCAAAUAUGAAGCCUCCUGUCUUUAAUAAAAUUUAGAUUAUUCCCUCACCGAGGCUAGAAUAAUCCCUAAUUCUCAGUGAAUUUUACAUUUUAAACCAAAACAGCAUAGACAAAUUAUCAUUUAGUUAAGGUAGAAAGCAAUGGUGAUACUGUAGCACGAACUACAACAUGUUUAUCUGUGAUUAAGGACAUGUUGACAACAACAAAUUGAUAACUUUGUAUGGGUCCCCAGCCCCUCUGUGUUUCACAUAGAAACAUAGAAUGUGACGGCAGAUAAGAACCAUUCGGCCCAUCUAGUCUGCCCAAUUUUCUAAAAACUUUCAUUAGUCCCUAGCCUUAUCUUAUAGUUAGGAUAGCUUUAUGCCUAUCCCAUGCAUGCUUAAACUCCUUUACUGUGUUAACCUCUACCACUUCAGCUGGAAGGCUAUUCCAUACAUCCACUACCCUCUCAGUAAAGUAAUACUUCCUGAUAUUAUUUUUAAACCUUUGUCCCUCUAAUUUAAGACUAUGUCCUCUUGUUGUGGUAGUUUUUCUUCUUUUAAAUAUAGUCUCCUCCUUUACUGUGUUGAUUCCCUUUAUAUAUUUAAAUGUUUCUAUCAUAUCCCCCCUGUCUCGUCUUUCCUCCAAGCUAUACAUGUUAAGAUCCUUUAACCUUUCCUGGUAAGUUUUAUCCCGCAAUCCAUGAACCAGUUUAGUAGCCCUUCUCUGAACCCUCUCUAAGGUAUCAAUAUCCUUCUGAAGAUACGGUCUCCAGUACUGUGUACAAUACUCCAAGUGAGGUCUCACCAGUGUUCUGUACAAUGACAUGAGCACUUCCCUCUUUCUACUGCUAAUGCCUCUCCCUAUUACUUUUCCCCCUUAGUCCCCUGUGAGUCUUUGUCACCCUGUGUGUCUUCUUACUCCCCCCUUUCCACCACCCCACCCCCUCCCAUUCCCCUGGGUGUCCCAGGCAUGCCAGCUAUGACAUGGUGUCAUUAAAUAGGGAGUACAAUUUAUUUUGUUUCUGCAUAACCUGCACAACUUCUCAUUUGCACCUACAUGCUUGACAUUGUGGAAUUUGGCAUUUGUUAUUUGUCCAUUAUUAUUAUAGAAAAAGUAGACCUCAAGUAAGAUUAUUUUUUAUACUAUACAUUUGCUGACAAUUUAAUCAGCAUAAUGCAUUGAUUAAUUGUCUACAAAUCCAAAGGUCUAAAGUUACACAUGUAGUGAAUGACAAACUCAUUUUAAAAUGAAAGUAAUUAAAUGUUUGUCUCUCUCUCCCCUAGGUUUAAUAUAUAUUUAUGAGCAGAAUACAGGACCAUUGGAGUUAUAUAGAUGUGAACUGUGUAAAGGUCAAUUUCCUGAUGUAAUAGAACAUGUGAACGACCUCCGUCACAUUUACAGAUACAUGGUAAGUCUCUUUAUGUACAUGGUACUGUUACACACAGUUUUCACUCCACCUGGCACUGCCAGCUAGCUCUUUCAUUCUUUUAUCAUUAAUGCACACUGGGGGCAUUCAGGGUGAUAGAUCAGUGACUCCAGUGUCAGAGAUCUGUUCUCUUGCCUGCAAGUCUGUACAUUCACUCACUGAAGCCUAUUGGAUAUGAUGCCAAAGUUGGAUGCAUUUAAAGUAGGAGGGUCCUGCAAAUAGAGCUGUGGCACAGUUGGCACUGAUUUUCUUAGUUCACUGCUUGACUGCCAUGGUAUGCGUAGUGUGUGCGCAACAUUGUUUUGUACCUUGGAAAACAGUGACCAGAUCAUGUUUGCAUUGUUUGGCAUUUCCUGUCAACCCAAUAAAUUGAAUACAUUGCUUUAGUAUAUAAUGUUAUUAAUUGUACCACAUUAUCUUGUAGUAGUAUAAAACACACACCACCUUACAAUCAUCACAUGCCAUAUGUGUUGAUUUUAUGUAUUUUAAAAAGUCUUCUUGUGGGUAAAAACCAUUAAUUGGAAUAGUAAUGACCACAAGUGUAAACACAGAUUCUAAAAUAAAAAGUGCAUAGAAAAUAGAAGAACAUGUGGUGGUUUUGUUCCAUCCUGGCAAAGUUCUGGGAGGUGGUCCAGCAGAUACUAGAGAAUGUGUUUUAUAGACCAUUCAAGCUAGACCACUGGCUAUUCCUGUUAUCUAAACCCUCCUGUUAUCUAAGAGACCGUCCCUAGAAAGGCACAACAUUUUUUUCACAAGAUCACCUUAGCGGUCAGGUGGGAAUUAAGAGCUAAUAUGAUAAAAACAGCCCCUUUGGUUGAUGAGUUUCACGCAAACAUAGGAGAAUACCAUUGAAUUGACUAAUUAACAGCUAUGAUCCACAUUGCCCUCCCCUUGGUUUACAAAACAUGGAGGACUCUGCUGGUUUACAAAUGCAGAUUGGGGACUUUGCUGAGAUUUUCCUUUGCAGUGGCAUAGCAGUCCUAGUUUUCCCCUUUAUAUUUUUAUAUACAUUGUUCUAUCGUUUAUCUCAAUUCAUUAAAACAAAAGGUUGUUUGACUAAAAGGCAGAACGAUAUAUCAAAGAGUUUGUUAUUAAGGUAUGGAUGGCGUGACAUAUUUGGAGUGAUUGCAUUGAACAAGGGGACCUGUUUGUUUCCACAUUGAUAUAUGCACAGCUGUGAUUUCUUAUGUGACAUUUCUCUUUAUGAAAAACAAAUAAAGAUUAUUAUUAUUUUUUUCACAGAAGUUCAUAGAAAUUCAUAAUUUAUUCCAAAUUUUGGGAUAAUUUGGAAUGUGUGUUUUAUUCUGCACAAUCUACAAAUUACUACCCAAUUUUCUUACUAGGACAUAUUUAGGAAAGCAAAACCUGCGCAAUUCAGUGAUCAUGUCUUUAAAAAUAAACUGCUGUUUGUUUCUAUUUCUCCUUUCAGAAAAUUCAUCAUGCAAAAGUGCUUAAAAAGUUGAAAGUCCAAAGGCAUUCCUUUGAACCAGAAGAGUUAAAGAAAAUUGUGUUUGAUAUCGAAAGAACAAACGGGAUGAAAAAUCUUAGCGUAAUAUUUUUAUUGAUAUUUGGUUGUAUUUUGAACUCAUUGAUCUGUGUUGUAAGUUUGUAACAGAUAUAAACUGACCUCUUAGGGGCAUACUGUCAAUGUCUGAAUUUCUAGCUCAUUCCAAAUUCCCCUGUGUCAACAGCGUUUACAGCAUGUGUAGUAUCCACACCCCAAUAGAGCUUUGCCGUCAUUGAGUUGUAUGUUCGGUACCAGCAGAGGAGGUUUCAACAUUGUUUUGCUUUGGAUGUUUGAGUUGGGGAGUUACAUUGCGAUCCAAAAAUAUGCUACAACAGCUCAACUUUGUGUUGGUCAACAAUGAAGAUAUUUUAGUAUACCUUAUCCAUAGAGGAAAAUGUCUCAUUAUAUUGAAUUUUUCAAUUCAGAUUUGCAAUUCUUCCCUUUAAUCCUUUUAGGAAUAUUGACCUAAAAAUUGUAUGCUAAGGGCAUUAAAUAUCUUAAAGGAACACUCCAAAGAACAUAAUUAUUACAGCCUGCUGUAAUAGUUAUAGUGCCAUAAGUACCUUGGCACUGUCCUACAAUUAGUAGUUCAACCAUUUUAGUAUGGUUUGACAACUUAUGUAGGUCCUGCUGGGUGCCCAUUGCCACAGUCCUUGCUUCUGAUCUUCACCUUUAGGAAAAUCCAGUUACAGAGCUAAGAAGGAUCAUAUUUGACAAUGCUCAUUUGUUGAGCGCACAAAAAAAAAAUUGAUAUUAAAAUAGAAAUUCACUCUGAAUUCCUGACAAUUCUCACUUUUGUGAUGAACCCUGAUAACGUGAACAUAAUUAGUCCAGAUGUUGUGGACUACAUCUUUUACAGCCAUAAUGCUGGCAAAGCAUCAGGGUAUGUGUAUUCCACAACAUCUGUAGUGCCAAAGGUUACAUACCCCUGGCACAUAUUCUACACCUUCAAUACAUUCUAAAAAGUAGAGGAAUGCAAAAUAUUAACACUAAGUAAACACUAAAUUUUGAAAGUUAAUUAAUGGUUAAAGUCAAAUACAGGUUGGGCCAAAAUUCAGAGUAUGAUUUGACAGGUAAAUAACAUUUUUGUUAGUAGUCCAAUACAAUUACAUAUUAUAACUGAGUCUUGGGAGAUUCAUCAUGGGCAAUUUCACAAAGGAACAUCAAAUUAGCCAGAGAAAAAAUGUAUUUAUUCAUCAACUUAUCAUGUGUGAUGAAGCUCAUUUUCAUACAUUUGGUGCAGGAUGACCUUGUAGGAAGUUAUCAGGCAGAAAUUCGAGUGUUAGACUAUCAACAAUUAACUAAUGUUAUGAACAACGCAAAUUAAGCUUAUUUCAAAGAUGUUAUCUUUUGUACCUAGUCAAAGAAAUCUCCAUAUGUUAAGCAUUCAUUGUAUGUAAUACCAUUGAAAUUGGUUCAUUAACAAAACAGUUAUUGAUUCCUCAAUCCAACUCUGAAUUUUGACCCCCCCCCCCAUUCCGAACAAUUCAUACUUUAGUAAAUAAUUCUGUUGGCUACCAUUUUUUAUUUUUUUUUUAUUAACUAUUAUUACCGUAUAUAGUGGUUUUUAUUUUAUGCAAACUUCUGGUAAUAGGAAAUUUGCAUUUUGGCUAUUUUAUUGUGUUGGUUUUUUUUUUUGUUAGAUUUAUGCAGACGACUCUUUGUGGAUGGGAGGAAUAUUUGACAGUAAGUGCUUUCAUUAUAAGCAAUAUGGGGGUUGUUUUGUAUUUUUGUCUUUUCUGGUUUUGAGUGUACUUGCCAUUUUCUUUAGUAAUAUUAAUAUUAGUUAUGUGCUCAAUAUGUUUUCAUUUAUCUGUUUUCAAAGCAUUCCUCUGCACUUUUAAGCUUAUAUAUGUGAUUUUUAUUUGAGCAGUGGGGAUUUUUAUUAAAAGCCAUAGAGUGCUAGAAAUAAAUUAAUCCAGCUGCUAUAUUAAAAGGCCCAACAGAGGCUUAGGAAUAAGUAAUCAAGUGUAUAUAUUAAAAGACGCAGAGGCCUAGAAACGAGACACAGAAACCCAGGAAUAAGUUUGAUUGAAAUUCAAAUUAGCAGGAAACUUUUACCGUUUAGAUGAAACCGAUGAAGGUUAGAAGGGGUUAUAUCCAUAUAUAUGAUCUGUAUGUGCCUGCCCAGCCUGCAGGACAUAGGGUGAUGGCAUAAUCUUUCUACUCCUAGGGUCACUGCAAGUAAAUCCAUGGGAAAGUACAAGAUAGUUGCUAGCCAGUCUCAUAUUAACUCUUUCAGCCAUGGAAUGUUAGUCAAUGUUCUAUUAUUCCUUGUAGUCCAUAUGCUCUGUAUGUGCAUGUCCAGCCUGCUACCCCUUGGUCACUGAAGAAAACAGGAUGAUAGCAUAACUUUGCUAGCCCCUGGUCACUGCAGGAAUUAUGGAAUGGCAUGAUCAUGUUAGCCCUGGGAUCACCGCAAGUAAAAACACUUGUCACUAAAGGGGUCUCUCCAGGGGGUCACCUUUGCACAGGUCCGUGUACUGAAGGGGGUCACCUUUGCACAGGGCCGUGUACUGAAGACUUCACAAAGAAGAGAGGCUGAACUCCCUUGAGGGGAAGGUAACAACCCUCAGGUAAACCAAAAAGAGCACAGCUAUAUAGGGCCCUGGGAUGAAGCACCUAUGACAAGGAGGGGUGCAAAACAAAGGAGUUGGCUAGACUUCCAAUUUUUUUCCCUGAUUGCUUUGUUAAUUUUCACUUUUUUCAGCAGUAAGGGGACUGCCUGUCAAUUUAGGCAGUCCCCUGCAGGCAGCUGCAUAGGCAGCUAUGCCUGCCAUGUGAUCGGUCUUUGAGACUGACCACAUGGCCCUCAGGGGCCUUAAUUGCCGAAUGGGGGCUGUCCAGCAGUCCCUCCCAGAAAUGGAUUGCGGCAGAGGUGAGUAGGAGCUGGGCGCUGGGGCGAAAAAACCAUUAGGGCGUUCUAACGGCGUUAACGGGUAAUGAAGUGAUUUUGGUGUAUAUAUCAUGCCUCUGCGUUCUCACUUCUCAUUUACCUGCCAUUUAAAUGCUUCCUAUUGAUCCCCCCAAAUCUUUUUAGACCCUGGGACUGAUGCAACUUACCGUAUUUUUAGAUGUGUCGUUCCUGCUGAGUCUUUUACAACGCCAUCAUCUUAAAGUAUCUAAGAUGGCAGUACUCAGAACUGCAGUCCACUGUCCUUCCCUGUGUGCGUGUGCGAAAUCAUGCACUUGCCCUUUGUUUACACAGACCUCAGCUGACUCUUAUGAUCAUGCGAGAGUUAAUACUGAGUAUCUGUGAUGCGCCAUUUUGCAAGUAAUGCGACUCUGGAGAGAGGAGAGUAUUGACUUGACAUCCAAUGAGAAAGGACAUGCAGCAUAAUUAAAGCUCCACGCUUUGUCAACUAUUGUCCCUACUUUUCCAGUGUAUAACUUUGCAAAUAAACAUCAAUAAAAAAAAAAAAAGACAGAUCCUUUAUUUCACUUUGUUUAUUCAGCCCUAACUACACCUCCCCUGGCUGAAACUCACACAGUCUCCCUGCACACUUCCUGAAAGAGUCUGAAAUUUGUUUUUGCAUCCCUUGCAUCGCAUAGUUUGUGGAUGUUUAGAAAUUCCUUUCACCUGCUAUGUUAACGUGCUAGAGCCUGCAGCAACGUCAUUUGUGUUAAUAAAGUUAAAUUAUUAGAGCAAGAGAUAAGAACUGCUAAAGUAAACACACUGUACUGUAAGACUUGAUGAAACAACUCUCCCCAAAAAAGUAUAACUGCAUUAGUAUAGGGAUGUUUUUUCUCCAUAGGGACAAGUAACCUGACAUUUUUUUAAAAAAAUUACAUGGAGUCUGUGUUAGUCACAUCCAGUAGAGAUGUCUAGGGCUGCAUGAACAGAAACAAAAGUGAUUUAACUCCUAAAUGUCAGAAACGUUAAUAGUAAGGCCAUAAAGGCAUGAUCUAGACACCAAAACCACUUCGUUAUAUAUUUGAAUUUUCGACAAUUCACACGUUUGGAAAUAAUGCUGCAGUGAUGUCAGAAACAAUUUUUAGAGGAAACUUACUUCACUUUGUUUGUUUUUUUGAUGAGUGUCUCAUUUUUAGUUGUUCUUCUUAUAUUUUUAAUGUAGAAAUAGUUUCACUUGACCUUGGCAGGGCUCAAAUUGUUUUGGUGUUUGUACAGCCAAAUUGGUAACUGGCCAAUUUUCUGUCCAAGGCCAUCUGGGAUUUCCUGAAAAACACAUUUCUCAGUUUUAUCUUAGUUAAAAGUCUCAUGUUUAAAACGUCUGUAAAAUAUUGCAUAUUCUAUUCACAUUAGAUAUGGGUGCCUGGAUUGACAUAAGUAACAGAUGGUAUCAAGAAGUCACAUGACUUUUUGUCUGAGAAUUCUGGAAUGUGGUUCAGAACCAAUAGGAAUCAUAUCAAUGUUCUUAUUUGAUUGGUCUAAAUACACAAACAAAGGGUUUGUCACGUACAUUCUUUAUUUAAGUGGAGUGUUGGUGGUACGUUAGGAAAAAGGUACUUCUCUGAAUUUAAGGACAAUGUUUAUCUGUCUCCCUUCCCGAGGCCAGCUAUUAACAUCUGCUGUUGAACAUCCAUCAUGCUGUAACAUACUUUGCGGUUUUCUUAAAUAUUAGUAAUUGUAAGCCAAAUAAACGUGAAGAUAAGGUAAGCCUGAUGCGUAUUGAUGUUUGUAACUGGCACACAGCAGUAUUAUUUUAUAUAUAUAUAUAUAUAUAUGUGUAUAUAUAUAUAUAUAUAUGUAUAUAUGUGUGUGUGUGUGUAUAUGUGAAAAAAAAUCAGCACUCCCAGGGUAGCUUUCUUAGGAACUUCUUUUACUAAAAAGUGUAACAGUCAACAUUUCAGUUCCAUUCAGGAACUUUCAUCAGGACAACCACAAGUGACAUACUACAAAACAAACAUUUAAAUUAGCAGAAAAUCAAUUACUCACAUUUCCGCUGUAGGGUGGGCUGGCAUUCCGGCUCCCAGAGCACAGAACCGGAUACUGAAAUCAGCUGUCUGCAUGAUCAUUUCAGUGAAGUAAUCUAUCCCCAUAGAAACCGGGAUGCAGAUGCGCCGAUCAACACUCCCGUGCUGUCAAUCGUCGCAUAAUUAUAGUGGGCAGAUUUCAUAAAUGUAUAAAACAUUUUACUUUGGAGAAGAAGAAAAAAAAAACACAAAAAAUAUAUAAAUAAAUAUAAAUAUAUAUAUAUAUAUAUAUAUCUCCAAUCAGCCAAAGAAGAUAAAUAUAUAUGAUAGGAGAAAGGGAUUUUUCUAUAAUGUCCUUGCAUAACUGAUCUCCAUUUUCUUGUCAUAAUGCCAUGGUAGUAGUUAUUUUAAAACUGAUAUAAUGAUUGCUGCAUAUUUAGGGUUUGCAUGCAAACAAAACAUUAUUUUUCUCUUGUAUAAUCCGCAAUUCUUUGGCCAAGUGUAAACCUCUGAUGGCUUUGAUAGUACAAACAAUACGAAAUGCAUGUGUAUAUGCAUUUUUUAUUCUUCAUUUUUCUUAUAUUUUCAGUCUAAAAACCUAUCUCAUUAUUACAUGUUAAUAUUGUUAUUAUAUCUAUAAUUAUGUUACUUUUAUUUUACAUUUUCUUACGAACAAACAGGUGAUGCUGAUGAUUGUGAAAGUGCUGAGCCACAAAGAAAGAUGCAAAGAACAAAUCAGCAAAGUAUAGCUACUUCAGACAAGACAUCUACACCCUCUACUUCCUGUUGUGGCAUGGUAACUUCAACACCUGCUAAAACACCACAAGGUACAAGUAUUGUGUGUAUCACCAUCUGUAUGCUUGGAAUACAGUUUGUUUAUUUAUAUAAUAUUUCUCAAAAGAUUCAAUGUGUAAUGUCAAAAUAAAACUUCUAGGUAGUGAAGAUUACAAACAAAUCCUUGAAUCAAUAAAUGAAGAGAAAUGGACAAAUUCAGAAAUGGAUUCAUCCACAGAUGAAACUUCAUCUACAGAAGGUAUAUAUCACAUAUCUGUGUAUAAUGUUCUCUGUCCUCACACUAUAAUCAUAGGCGUGCGCAGCCUUUUGCAUAAGGGUGUGCACCCUAAAGCACAAACACACACGCUGCGUGUAUAUAUACACACAUACACACACACACACUGCUGUGUGUGUGUGUGAGGGUGCGGUGUAUGUGUAAGGGUGCUGUGUGAGGGUGGUGUGUGUGUGUGUGUGUGAGGGUGCUGUUAGUGUGUGUGUGUGUGAGGGUGCUGUUAGUGUGUGUGUGUGAGGGUGCUGCUAGUGUGUGUGUGAGGGUGCUGCUAGUGUGGGUGCUGUUAGUGUUUGUGUGUCAGGGUGCUGUUAGUGUUUGUGUGUGAGGGUGCUGUUAGUGUUUGUGUGUGUGUGUGAGGAUGCUGUUAUUGUGUGUAUGUGUGAGGAUGCUGUUAUUGUGUGUAUGUGUGAGGAUGCUGUUAUUGUGUGCUGUGUGUAUGUGUGAGGGUAUUGUGUGUGUGUGUGUGUGUGAGGGUGCUGUUAGUGUGUGUAUAAGGGUGAUGUAUAUGUGUGUGGGGGACCGUUUAGUUAAUAUCCCCCCUCCCUUCUUAUCUUAUGUAAGGAGGGGGACCGUGCUGCUGUCUUCCCUGGUGGUCUCAGUGGUGAGAGUGAACUCUAGCCUGCAGGGCUAGAAUUCACUCUCGCGAGAUCUGAGCGUUGCCGCGGCAAUGCUCCGACCUCAUGAGAGGAACCCCGUGGAGCUGCUGGCAGGAGCUCCCCGGGUCCUCUCCUACCUCCCUCCCUGCGGGCCGGUGAGGGAGAUCUUUGAUCUCCCUCACCAGCCCAUGGAGGGAGGCACAUGGUGCGGGCCAUGGGGAUUAGGGUGUGCCCAGCCACACCCGGCACACCCUGUGCGCACGCCUAUGACUAUAAUGUAUUAAUAUGCUUAUUCUGCUACAAAAUGCAAUUUAUUUAUUUAUUUUCUGUACUUUUCUCCUUUUUCUUUUUUUUUUCUAUCAACUUCCUGUUUUGUCAGAUAUUGGUGCGGUGUAAGUGACAAGGACCUACACCUAUAAGUGGAGCGCUCAAACACAGAUAAAUCUUACCAAAACGUAGUCUCAUUCAAUGGUAAAAUAUGGGGUACAUGUCAACAUAAAAUACAAAAAAUACAAUAUAGUGUAGACGGUACUAAAAAAUGGCUUCACAGUGAUUAUAAUAAUAUUGUGUUGAAUAUUACACUCACAUUUCAAGGAGCCUGUAUAUAGAAAACACUGGCUCCGUAUAAAGGCUUGUGUGCUGUUAUGGUAGCACCACCCUCUACUUCGGCUUGAAGAAUUUCUCAGGAACACGAAAAAAAGAGAAGAAAGCAAACCAAUGUGUAGACUUAUGGUGAUAGAUGGCACAGAUAUGUGUUCAAUAAAUGGGGUGCUCACCUGGUCCUGAGCCUACGAAUCCCGGCUCUAGGUAUGUGGAUUUUGUGCCAGUUUGAAUGGGGAUGGCACUACCCCUGUGAGGAUUCCUUGGAGGCUCCAAAAGGAACUUGGAUGAGGUAUUGAAUAAAAAUGGUGAAUUUAUUAGUUUAAAAUAAACAUAAAAACAAAGAUGAUAAAAGUCCUCAAAUAAAAGUCCUUUAAAAAUGGCCAAUACGCGUUUCACUCUCAAAUAGAGCUUCUUCACACAGCUGACUGAAGAAGCUCUAUUUGAGAGUGAAACGCGUAUUGGCCAUUUUUAAAGGACUUUUAUUUGAGGACUUUUAUCAUCUUUGUUUUUAUGUUUAUUUUAAACUAAUAAAUUCACCAUUUUUAUUCAAUACCUCAUCCAAGUUCCUUUUGGAGCCUCCAAGGAAUCCUCACAGGGGUAGUGCCAUCCCCAUUCAAACUGGCACAAAAUCCACAUACCUAGAGCCGGGAUUCGUAGGCUCAGGACCAGGUGAGCACCCCAUUUAUUGAACACAUAUCUGUGCCAUCUAUCACCAUAAGUCUACACAUUGGUUUGCUUUCUUCUCUUUUUUUCGUGUUCCUGAGAAAUUCUUCAAGCCGAAGUAGGAGGGUGGUGCUACCAUAACAGCACACAAGCCUUUAUACGGAGCCAGUGUUUUCUAUAUACAGGCUCCUUGAAAUGUGAGUGUAAUAUUCAACACAAUAUUAUUAUAAUCACUGUGAAGCCAUUUUUUAGUACCGUCUACACUAUAUUGUAUUUUUUGUAUUUUAUGUUGACAUGUACCCCAUAUUUUACCAUUGAAUGAGACUACGUUUUGGUAAGAUUUAUCUGUGUUUGAGCGCUCCACUUAUAGGUGUAGGUCCUUGUCACUUACACCACACCAAUAUCUACUAAAUUUAUUCAGUGGAAUAGAGGAUAUUUCCACACUAGUGUAUUGAGCUGCCUGUAAAUCACUUUUUGACUCUUUUGAGCACUUUUGUUAUACACACUCCUCUGUAAAAAGAGGCAACCUUUGAUUGGUAUUCCUGUUUUGUCACUAUGUGAAUGUUGAAAAUUAAGAUCUGAUGGCAUCUUUACUAGGUGUUUUAUAGACAAGUAACAAUAAUAUGAACACAUUUUUCUUGGCAAGAUGUCUGGAUCCUGCAAAUCAGUGUCUAACUCACAAAUGAUUUAUUUUACUUUAGAUACAGAUGUUAUAAAACCAAAAGGUGUUCCAGCUACUGAACCAGGAACACAAGAUUUUCCUGUGCCACUUGAUGCUGUUAAAGGUACAUCUCGAACAGAAAACAUUAACACUAUAAAUAAGAAGAUAUUGACUUGUUGGUGUAAUGGAAUAAAAUGUCCAAGCAAGCUAUCAGAGCAUCCUGCUUGAUAUUUGACUGUUAUUUUGAUCUCUAACUAGAUUAAAGAGAGCAACAAUUAGAAACAGUAUCCUUGUACAUACUGUUACAUAGUUUUAUAGGUGAAAAAAGACUCAAAUCAAUCAAAUACACGCUUUCACACAUCCCUUUACUGAUCCAAAAGUCACAGUGAUGGGGGAUCUAAUGCGACGUAAGCAUUUAAGCUUCUCCAUAGGAAAGCAUUGAAUCAAUGCUUCCUAUGGGGAUUUGAAGACAUCAGAUGUCCUCAUGUAAAAAGUGAGGACGUCCAACGUUGUUUCACGGAGUUAAAGGGACACUACUCACCAAAACAACUUUGCUUAAUAAAGCCGUUUUGGUAUAUAUAUAUCAAGACCUCGCAGUCUCACUGCUCAAUUCUCUGCCAUUUAUGAGUUACAUCCCUUUGUUUAUGCAGCCCUAGAAACACCUUCCGGCAUGUAACUUGCACAGUCUUCCUAAACACUUCCUAUAAAGAGAGAUCUAAUUUUUACACAUCCUUUAUUGGAAAUUCUGUUUAAUUUAGAAUUUCUUAUCUCCUGCUCUGUUAAUAGCAUGUUUGAUCCCGUAGGAACCUCCUGUUUGUGAUUAAGGUUCAAUUUACAAAGCAUGAGAUAUAAACUUCUAAAACAAGUUAACAUCUACAUGAAAAUGAAACCAUUUUCCUUGCAGGUUGUGUGCAUAAACAGAAUGAUUAAUCUCCUAAACGGCAGAGAAUUGAGCAGUGAAACUGCCGGAACAUGAUUUAUAUAUCAAAACUGCUUAAUUAAGCUAAAGUUGUUCUGGUGCAUGUAGUGUCCCUUUUAACUCUGUUAUUGAACAUGAAGUGACUCUAGUGGCUGUCUGGAAAACAGAGAUGGACUUCACACUGCAUUAUAAACAUUGCAGUUUAUCUUAAACUGCAAUGUUUUGCAUUGCAUAGUUCAGGGAGCAGGGGCACUUCACCCAUACCACUUCAAUGAGAUGAAGUGGUCUGGAAGCUUAACCCCUUAAGGACACAUGACAUGUGUGACAUGUCAUGAUUCCCUUUUAUUCCAGAAGUUUGGUCCUUAAGGGGUUAAAGUGUCCCUUUUAACUAUUAUAUCCUUUUUUUUGGCCUCUUGCAGAUAUGACAGGUCUGUCACCUUGUUACUUAUAAUGAAAGAUUUUGUAGCUCCAACUGUGUUUUUUGUGUUAUCAAACUGGCUUGAUGCCCAGCUUCGUCAGUAAAAUGUUUAGACUAUAGACGCCAUGCUGUGCCGUUAGAGAAAGUACUACUGUACUGAGAGAGUACUAAACCAUUGUGGGAUUCAAAAGUUCUUACCACUCGCACAUAAUCACAGACUGGGCAUCCUAUGGUACUGUGGUUAACAGGGCCGUCUUUAAGGAGGGGCAAACGGGGCAGCUGCCCUGGGCCCAGUUACUCAUGGGGGGCCCAAAGCAGCUGCCCCGUGGGCCCCGUCGCCUGCAAUAAAAAAUUAUUUUUUUAAAAAUAUUUCCCUACCUAAUGGGCCCGCGGUGCUAGUAUUGCGGCUGUACCGCCACCCGCACACUAAGGGGGCCCACAAGGUGAAGCAACGCUCAUAUCCAUAUUGCUUGUUGUAAUCUGGACAACUGCAGAAUCGUAUUGGUUUUCCAGGCUCUCGCUAUGAGCUGCUGUCCAGUCAGGAUAAUAUGCAUUAUUCGUUUCCGUUUAAAUUUGGGCAUGUAUCUUGGAAUAUCUAGGAGGAGAAAGGUUAAGGUGUUAAAUGUAACCGGUUGCACUGUCACUUUCACUUUAAGGGUGUGAAUCUCUCUUUUUAACUGAAUAUUUCUAUAUUUGCCCACACACCUAUAAAAUUACAUGCUUUGCAUUCUAGUCACUCCUGAUGCAUAUACUUGAUAAAUGUAGCUAGAGGAGAAAACCAACUUUUUUUUUUCUUUUUAUGUUUAUCAGAAAUGUCAGUAAAAGGUUUGAAAGGGAGCUUUCUUACUUAGUUUUUUUGUGCUGUUUUUUUUUCUCCAAAGUAACAUUUAUGAAAUCUGCCAACCACUAUUUAUGCCAUUUACAUCCUAAUCAUGCUUGUUGAAACUGUUUUGCUGAAAUACUCAAUAAUUUGAGUUAUUAUGCUAAAAGCUUCCUUGACAAAAUGUUUUUCUAUUUAUUUGAAAUAAAAAGAACAGUGGAACAAAAUGCUUGUCAAUGUCAAGAAAAGCGAUCAUGAUAAGUUACAUAGGGAGGUGCAAAAGGCAAAAAUCACCCAGCACAUGCAACUCCCGUCUUCUUUCAACAUAACACAGAACGUUAUUCACUAAACUGGGAACUAACCAAUAAGUUGUUAGAAAAAUAAAGUUGGCCAUUUUUCCAGGCUGGCUUCUAUGGUGUGUAUUCUAAAAACAGUGAAUUGUGGUGUAUUGAAAAGUAAAUGCAAAAUUCAAACCAAAAUAACGGACUUGGAAAAAUUCUUAAACUCCAUUUAAGGCAUAGCUUGGCUAUUUACCCUGUUUCUCUCCCAAUUUAACUUGCUUAAUCGUUUCGUUUUUUUAAAAAGCUUGAAUAGAUUCGUGAAAUAUAUCAAACUUUUUUUUUUACUUUUUAGGAACAAAUGAUUAUGAAACAUGUUGCAAGAAAAAGAAUAAUUGGUAAAUAUGAAGUAUAUAAGUUUGACUCGUAAACAUUAAAGUUAAGAAUUAUUUUUUUUUAACUACACGGAACAGCUAGAGAAUAGAAAGGUUAAACAGGGUAAAUAUGCUGAAGACACAAUGUAACACUAAGAGUGUAUCAAUAGUGCAUAAAUAAAGAUCAGUAUAGCAAAGUAUUAAAUGCCUGUACAAUCAAAAAAGAAAAUCAAUAAGAAAAACAGUCCCGGAACAGCAAGCCACGGUUAUUGGGUACUCAUGUCACUCUCCGUAGGGGGCCCCUCACACAGAUGAAACUCCGGAGUAGUGUUAAGUCCCGUUCCUGCCGUCCACGAGUCCUGGAAGAUUCACGCCAAAAUUAGGGUGAGGAUAUGGGGACAGAGAGAUCAAACCUCCAAUACCCCAGAGCGAGCUGCCGGGGGAUCUGCCAAAACCAUGCCACCUAUAAAAGGAAGGCCAUCGGCUCCGGCAGCACACCUGGUUAGUAUCGAACCUCACCGGGUUGGUGGAGCACGCCAAUCUGUGCACCCGUAUACUCUCCACACUACCAAUAUACCAAUACCGCAGCCAUCAGGGAGUUUUCUACAGGAGCUGUCUUUUUAAUUUUACCAUGGCCUUUUUUGAAGCUUCCGCACGCGGUAUUGGUAUAAUGGUAGUGUGGAGAGUAUACGGGUGCACAGAUUGGCGUGCUCCACCAACCCGGUGAGGUUCGACACUAACCAGGUGGACUGCCGGAGCUGAUGGCCUUCCUUUUAUAGGUGGCAUGGUUUUGUCAGAUGCCCCGGCAGCUCGCUCUGGGGUAUUGGAGGUUUGAGCUCUCUGUCCCCAUAUCCUCACCCUAAUUUUGGCGUGAAUCUUCCAGGACUUGUGGACGGCAGGAACGAGACUUAACACUACUCCGGAGUUUCAUCUGUGUGAGGGGCCCCCUACGGAGAGUGACAGGAGUACACAAUAACCGUGGCUUGCUGUUCCGAGACUGUCUUAUUGAUUUUAUGUUUUUUGAUUAUACCAAUAUUCAAUUAUUUUUUACUUCGUUAUAUUGAUCUUUAUCUAUGCACUAUUGAUACACUUUUAGUGUUGCAUUGUGUCUUCGCCAUAUUUACUGUGUAUAGGUGAUUCACCACUUACUUUGGGUUUAUUCCUUUAGACCAGCAUUUCCCAAUUGGUGUUCCGCGGAACACAAAUUGGGGUUCCGCCCAAAAAUUUGAAAAUAAAAUGGCAUCGAGGGAGCAGUGAGCUCCCUCGCACGCACAGCAGUGAUGCCGGAGUCGGAAUAUGACGUCACUCCGGCAUCACUAAGAGGCGCGCGAGGGAGCUGAGCAGGGAGAUCAGAGCUCGCUGCCUGCUUCCACGAUGUUGAUACACUAUGUCAAAGGGUUCCACGGGAAAAAUUAAUUGGAAACCCCUGCUUUAGACUAUUCUUAGGUUCAAAGACCCUAUCAGAUUGCUGCUCCCAUUGAAUUUGUGAUUAAACUUCAUUUUUAUUCUUAUUUUGGUGCGCUCACUAGUAUUUACUUGUUGUUUUACAUAUAUGAGAAGUCGCUCUGUUAGUGAUGCUGCCCAAAUUUGAUUGAUUUUAUCAAUUGACUACCUAUUUUCUAAUAGGCUAAAUCAAGCAUUAGUUUCAAUGUUUAGUGCAUGUGUUUUAUUCUUCUGCUCGCAAAUCCCAAUUACUGUGGUUUGUUUUUGUUUACGGUAAACUAGUCCAUGAAGCUGGAAAAGUCCUUGUUUGAAACAGUCAUCCACAUCAUGUGUCAAUGUUGAUUAUUUUCAGUCAAGAUGUUAUGCAUUAGCAAAGUGGAGUUGAUAUUGUAGUCACCUUUGUUUGUCUGUUAUUAGUUGUGUCAGGGUGUGUGUGUGUGUGUGUUUAUUUAUAUAUAUAUAUAUAUAUGUGUGUGUGUGUGUAUAUAUAUAUAUAUAUAUAUAUAUAUAUAUAUAUAUAUAUAUAUAUAUACCGUAUAUACUCGUGUAUAAGUCGAUCUCAUGUAAAGUCGAGUGCAGUUUUGUGACCAACAAUUGUGAAAUAUGCUAUGCCUCGUGGAUAAGUCGAGGGUUAAACUUGGGGCUAUGAAAUUCUGUGAUUUUUAUAAUUAUAUACACACACACUCGAGGGUAAAACUUGGGGCUAUGAAAUUCUGUGAUUUUUUUUAUAAUUAUAUACACACACACUCCCAUAAUUACAAACACACACACUGCAUUAUAUACACACACAUUCAUACAAACACACACUCUGCAUUAUACACACACACACUCAUACACACACUCUGCAUUAUACACACACACACUCAUACACACACUCUGCAUUAUACACACACUCUCAUACACACACACUCAUACACACACUCUGCCUUAUGCACACACACUCUGCAUUAUACACACACUCUCAUACACACUCUGCAUUAUACACACACACUCGUACACACACUCUGCAUUACACUCGUACACACACUCUGCAUUAUACACACACACACUCUGCAUUAUACACACACACUCGUACACACACUCUGCAUUAUACACACACACAUUCGUACACACACUCUGCAUUAUACACGCACACACUCAUACAAACACACACUCUGCAUUAUAUAAUGCAAAGUGUGUGUGUGUAUAUAAUGCAGAGUGUGUGUUUGUAUGAGUGUGUGUAUAAUGCAGUGUGUGUAUACAAUGCAGAGGGUGUGUUUGUGUGAGUGUGUGUUUGUGUGUGAACUGGGUGGGGGAGGGCAUUUUUAUUAUUUUUAAUUUUAAUAUUUUAAUUUUUUUAUUUUAGUAUUUUAUUUACUUUUUUAAUUUUAAUAUUUUCAUUUUUUUAUUGUAAUAUUUUUUUUUAUUAUUAUUUAAUUUUUAUUUUCAUCCCCCCUCCCUGCUUGUUAGCUGGCCAGGGAGGGGGGGCUCUUAUUCCCUGGUGGUCCAGUGGAUGGGCUGUGUAGGAGGGGGGCUGGCAGAGAGCUGUUACUUACCUUUCCCGCAGCUCCUGUCAGCUCCCUUCUCCUCUGGUCCUAUCAGCUCCACUGCAAGUCUCGCGAGAGCCGCGGGGUCAGAGCGUUGCCACAGGUUACCGUGGCAACGCUCCGCGCAGCAGUCACACCGCGAGACUUACAGUGGAGGAGAAGGGAGCUGACAGGAGCUGCAGGAAGGUAAGUAACAGCUAUCUGCCAGCCCGGGCUUGUAAUGAGCCUGGCGGUCCUGGUCUGUAUUAUGGCAAUGUAAGUUGCCAUAAUACAGACACUGACUCGAGUAUAAGUCGAGUGGGGGUUUUUCAGCACAAAUAAUGUGCUGAAAAACUAGACUUAUACUUGAGUAUAUAUGGUAUUCCUUUUCUUUUUUUCUUUGUUUGUUUUGUUUUUUCCCUCUGGUGAUAUUCAGGAGAUUAAAGUUUGUGUAUGUGCACCUGUAUUUAAAAAAAAAAUAUUAAUGAUUUGAAGUUUAAUACAAAUCUGCAGCUUCUCCAAUGAGUGCUCACCAGGCCAUGAACUAGCUGAACCCAAUCCUCAUGGACUAUUAUUUUUCUGUUCAAACUUUAUGUAUAAUUUGUUCAGCAUUUUUAUAGAAAUAGGACAUAUGUAGGACUAAGUUGCUGAAAACCCAGCCGUCAGCUGGAAUCAUAACCUGUUUACAGCUAAUAAGGCUAAGUAAUAGAAGCCACAGUGAGGUUAAUUAAUACAUCCACAUAUGCAGCUCCUGAAAAAGUAUUCAUAGAAUGCUGUGGGUGAGCUUGUACUUUCGUUAAGGAUACUGCUCUUAAACUUGAUUAAGUACUGUAGUGGAUCCUGCUUGUGAAACAAUUCUCAUUGUAAAAAAUAUAGUUGCAUAAUAGGAAUAGACACAGAAGGUAAAAAUCAAAGUCAGUUCUGAUGAAUUCCAAAACCAUUAAAACCAUUUGUCCCACAGGAGUGAAGAAGCUAAACGUGAGUCAGAAAGGAGCAAUCAGGAGGUAAGACAAUGACAUGUCAUAUUAAAUGUAAAAAAGAUUGUGCAUGUGCAUAGACUCUCUGAAUUGCAUGUUCCCAGUGAUAGUGACGCAUCUGUUGUAUGCCAUUGCAUCUUCACAAGUGGCUGUUUUAUGUCAGG